AUGCCCUGGACCAUCCUACUCUUUGCAGCUGGCUCCUUGGCAAUUCCAGCCCCAUCCAUCUUGCUGGUGCCCCCACACCCCAGCAGCCAAGAAGACCCCAUCUACAUCAUGUGCAUGGCCUCCAGGGACUUCCCAGGUGCCAAUUUCACACUGUACCACGGGGGGCAGGUGGUCCAAAUCCUGCAGGCCCCCGCGAACCAGGUAGGGGUCAUGUUCAACUUGAGUGGCGGCGGCAGCAGCAACGAGGGCCAAGGGGGAACAUUCCGCUGCCAGUACGGCGUGAUCGGGGAGCAUAGCCAGGCCCAGCUGUCGGACCUCAGCGAGCCUGUGCACGUUACCUUCCCAGUGCCCACUUGGAUCCUGGCUCUUUCCCUGAGCUUGGCUGGAGCCCUCCUCCUCCUUGUUGUGCUGGUGGCUGUUGUCAUGGUGAUCAGGAAAGUUAAAGUCACAAAUUUGCAGAAGAAAAGAGAGCGAGAAUCCUGCUGGGCCCAGAUUAACUUCGCCACCACAGACAUGUCCUUCGAUAACUCCUUGUUUGCCAUCUCAAUGAAAAACACUUCAGAAGAGGAUAUGGCCACCUUGGACGCUCAUUCUGGCUCCACUGUGGCAUCUGGCAUCUCCGGGCCCCGGAAGAGGCCUACCUCCACUUCAUCCUCACCGGAGCUCCCUGAGUUCAGUACUUUCCGGUCCCCCCUCUGA